AUGAGGCCGCGAUGCCGGCGGUGCCUCCCGCUGCUGGCGGGCCUGGCGGUGGCCAUCGCCCUCGCGGAGGCCGCGACCUUUUUAUCCCAGCAGUAUGCCUCUCAGUUCCUGGUGAGGAAACGUCGAGCAAAUUCUUUUAUGGAAGAAAGUAAGAAGGGAAAUUUAGAAAGAGAAUGCAUUGAAGAAUUAUGCAAUAAGGAAGAAGCCAGGGAAAUCUUUGAAAAUAAUCCUGAAACUGAGUAUUUUUAUCCCAAAUAUUUAAGCUGCCUUGCUUCCCAUCGAGCAGGGGUUUUCAGGGUUACUGCAGUUACUCCAGAUUCUCCAGCUGACCUGAGAGCUUGUGUCAAUGAAAUUUCAAACCAGUGUAGCCCUCUGCCAUGCCAUAAAGACGGAUAUAAGGAUUGCAUAGAUGGACAAGCCAAAUAUACAUGUGUCUGUAAACUGGGAUGGCAAGGGGAGAAAUGCGAAGAAGAUAUAAAUGAAUGUGAAGAUUUAAAUGGAGGUUGCAGCCAACGCUGUUCCAAUUUACCUGGAAGCUACCGUUGUUUAUGUGAAGAUGGUUACUUCAUGCAUUCAAAUAAACGGGAUUGUGGAGAUAUAAAUGAAUGUGUGUUACAUCCAAACAUCUGUGGGACAGCCAUCUGUAAAAACACCCUGGGGAAAUAUGAAUGUGAAUGUGCAGAUGGCUACACAUAUAAUUCAACUUCCAAGAAUUGUGAAGAUAUUGAUGAAUGUGUUGAAAAUGUUUGUGCUCAACUCUGUGUAAACUCUCCAGGAAGUUAUAGCUGCUAUUGUGAUGGCAAGAAAGGGUUCAAGCUCUCUAAGGACAUGAAGAAUUGUGAGUCUGUUACAGCAUGUAUCCCACUGAACCUUGAAAAGAAUUAUGAACUGCUCUACCUGGCAGAGCAAUUUAUAGGAAUUCCUGUUCUGUACUUAAAGUUUAAAUUGCCAAAUGUCACGAGAUUUACAGCAGAAUUUGAUUUCCGGACAUAUGAUGCAGAGGGAGUUAUACUAUAUGCAGAAUCCCUUGACAAUACAGCAUGGAUCUUGCUUGCUCUUCGGGAUGGGAAGAUUGAAAUUCAAUUCAAGAAUGAAUUUGGAACAAAAGUCACCAGUGGAGGCAAAGCCAUUAAUGAUGGACUGUGGCAUAUAAUAUCAGUUGAAGAACUAGAACACAGCAUCAGUGUAAAAAUAGCUAAAGAAGCCGUGAUGAGUAUUAACAGCCCAGGAACUCUUUUUAAACAGUCACAGGGUUUCUUGGAAACUAAGGUGUACAUAGCAGGAUUACCUCGCAAAGUGGGCAACACUCUUGUUAAACAGAUUAAUCCUCGGCUAGACGGGUGCAUUCGUGCCUGGAACCUGAUGAAUCAGGGACAUUCAGGUGUAAAAGAAGUUAUUCAAGAAAAACAAAGCAAACACUGUUUAGUAGCAGUGGGGAGAGGAUCUUUCUACCCUGGCACUGGAAUGGCAAAGUUUCAGAUAAACUAUAAUAAUCUUGACAGUGCUGAAGAUUGGCUAAUAAAUGUGACUAUGACUAUUCGCCCAUCCACAGACACUGGUGUUAUGUUUGCCUUGGUUUCUAAUGAAACAGUGCCUCUUGCUUUGUCCAUAGUGGACUCUAACUCCUCUGACUCACAGAAAAUCAUUGUGACCAUUGGAAACAUCACUGUUGCACAUCUGGAAUCAAAGAAGUUAUGUACACCCAGAAAAGUGCUGGUUGGACUUGUAGUAACCAAACAGCAACUUGAACUGUCUGUUGAUUCACACACAGACAGAAGCAAUUCAGAGCAACUGUCUAUCCUUCAUCAAGCAAUGAUGGCAAAUGUUGAUACCUACUUGGGCGGCCUGCCAGAUGUUCCUCUGGGUGCUACGUUAGUAACUGCUUUUUAUAAUGGCUGCAUGGAGGUGAAGGUCAACAACAGACAGCUGGAUCUGGAUGAAGCCAUUUCCAAACACAAUGACAUCAGAUCUCACUCGUGCCCACUGAUUAUGCAGUAACCAUUCAAUUCUUAAUUUAACUUUUUUCUUUCAGAUAAAAUUUGCGUAAUUAGUCUCAUGCCAUAAUGAAGCCUGUAUUAUUUUAUUCAAGAUGUGCCAGGAAAAUAAUCAACAGCAUGUUUUUCCUCUCUUUUAUAUAGAAUGAGGGAAAAAAAUCCCCUCUCUUUUCAGCUGUAAAGAGACAAUCAAGAUAAAAAUUCAGUAAAAAUCUUCUUUUAUUCAUAUCAGUGAUAAAUCUUAAAGCUAGAUUUGUCUUCCAUGGUCAUAGUAUGCUCUUGAUCUAUUUAGUUUGGAGAGAAAGUUCAGGAAGUUCUGUUUAGAACGAGUUUUACUUCUUAUUUUUCAUAUAUCAGCACAAAGUUACAAGUUGCAAAUUUUGGUAAUGUGUUUGAAUCUGAACAAAACCAGUCUCAUUAAACUUUUCCAAGCAUAACAUACAAAGAGAAAUCUCUACAGGUUUUGUAAUAUGUGCUUUUGGUAAAGAAAAUAUACCCCGGAAUCCGGAGCUCAAGAUUUCUGUGAAUAUGUUUACAAGUUGUAUCAAUAUUGGUUAAACAACUUCAAAAUGGAAAUGUUUUUGUAAGUAGCUCAAUUUCUGAAAAUAGCUCUUGUUAUACUGUACCAGCUUUAAUUUUUCUAUCUUACGAACCCAGCUUUAGACUUUUUACAGAGUUCUGGAUUAGGUCAGGUAAUUUACUUUCAAAGUGGGUUAAAAUACACCCUGGGCAAUUUUGGAAAGCAGAGGAGAUGGCUUGAAAGAAGGAGCUCUGGUCUUCAUCACAGCACAUCAAACUGGAAUUUGCUAAGUAAAGCUGAGAAAUUGUGGCAAACAUUUCUUGCAUUUGUGACAAAUCUAGCACUCCUCAAUAUGAGCAUCCUCUAAUGGUCCAUCAUAUUCCCUUUAUCUAGGUCAACCUUGCAUUCGCAGAGCCCUAGAAGAGAUUCAUUUGUGAGCCCUAUUGCAGUUGUGUUUCUGACAUACCUGAAAGCCUAAAUUUUUCUAGUAACAUCAGAAUGUAAAGCCAUAUUCUGCUCAGCCAGCUUUAAUGGAACAGGUAAUUAGAAAAGUAUUGUUUUCCUCAGUUGUGCUCAUUUCAAGCAUUUCUAAUAUUUCUUUAACAUCCUUUGAGUGUUCUUUCCACUUCCAACCUCAUUUUCACACAACCAGAAGCCUCCCUGUGCAGCUCACCUAGUAGUUUUGUUAACCCCAAACCAAAUAAAUAGCAAGAGAAUUGCUGUAAGUGAUGAAUAUAUACUCUCAUCCAUCAACCAGAGAGACAUUUAUCUGCCAGGAUUCUUGACCUGAGGUUUGCUUUCUUUGUUUGAAACAUUGAAGUGGAAAUGUAUGUACAGAAGGAUGGAUUGUGACAAUAUUCAUUUUGAGGAUUGCCUUUCUCCAGAGAUAUUCCCAGUGACGUUAGUGAGGUUUCUUUCCUUGUUGAGUACUAACAUUAGUACAUCAGUAUCGCAGAAUCUGAACCCAUCUUUCAAUGUUAUUGCUUUGUCUGAGGUUAUUGCUAACUUUACUUCCCACUUGUGUAACGUGAUACAGGCUUUGCUCUCACUUUCACACCAGCCAGCCUCAGUACAGUCUCCGAAUCUGUCCAGCACUGGUUCAUACGUAGCUGCUUAUCAGCAGGAAUACCGUACAGCUGACACCCAGGAGCUAAUUGCCAGUGAACUACUAAUUCACUUUUCUAGGACGGCAUGUAGAAAAAGCUUUGAUUUAUCCAGACGCCAUGGAUGGGGAAAUAACUGCAGGAAAGCAUUCCUCCCUGCUCUCCUCCGUCCCAACACACACAUUCUUCAUUGGGGCCUAAGUUGAAGAACAACUUGCCUGAAAUAAAGCAGGUUUUGCAUGCAAGGUGGAGCGGAAUUGGAACUUUUGACAUCAAAUACUAUAAAUGAAGUAAUCGUGUAUCUCAGCAGCACCCACUGAAUUCUGGAAAGCCCUUGGGUCAGCCUCUUUGCUUUGUACAACAAACACAGAAAUGAUGAGAUUAGGAAGACAAAGUAAAAUGUCAGCAAUACUCUAAAUGCUUAUGUCAGCCUGUGCAAACAGGAAAGGAAAAGGUUUGUUUUGGGUUUUUCUUUAGGUUUUGUUUGUUUAAGUGUAAUAAAUGGUAUAGAGGUGAAAUUAAAGAAAACAAAAAUCACUUAAUUUUCCCACACAGGCAUCAUUUCUUUUUGUUUUCAUGGAAAAAUAUUUUAGAGUAUUGUAGUUAUAAUGAAACCUCUGCACCUUUUUUUUUUUUUAAUGUAAAAGUGCCUCCCUAUUGUAAGAAUUAAAUAAAAU